GCCGCCGCCUCGGAGAUGGUUUGCUUCGCGCGUCGCGCUCCCCCCCCGUCACCGCGAGAGGCGAUGGUACAUUCCGCGGGCGCAGCCCUCAGUCCCGACGUCCGUUGGCGGCCGGGGCAGGAGCGGCGGCGAGCCGAGCGCGUGCGGGUGCCGCGCGCCCAGACCCCCCAGCUGCCGCGGGCCCUGCCCGGGGGCAUGACUCUGUUCGGCAGCGAGGACGGGUGCUGGAGGUAUUUGGACAUGGCCAGAGAACCCAAGCCGAGCCGAGCCAGGCCUGGACAGAAGCGGCAGCAUGGCGGCACCCUGUACCACAGUAACUGUGACCUGGACUAUGAGCUCUACAGGGACGAUUUCCCGUACAGGGUGUACGAGUACCAGAAGAUCCCGCCCCUUAUCAAUCGCAUUCCAGUCAAGACCAGACGAGCCCAUGUGGGGGCAGGUGGCAAGAGCAGCCUGAUCCCCCACCCGGGGCCAAGAGGCAGCGGCAACGCAGCACUGGGUCGGACUAAGCUGCGUGCUGAAGAGCUGCAUUCCAUCAAGGGAGAGCUGAGCCAGAUCAAAGCCCAGGUGGACAGUUUGCUGGAGAGUCUGGAUCGGAUGGACCAGCGGCGGGAGCGGCUGCCUGGGGAGAGAGGCUCCAAGGAGGGUGAGAAGAAGAAGAAGGCUCAAGCGAGCGAAGAGCCCUCGUACCCAGUGGGGGACUCACUGCGGGAGCCACAAGGGAAGGAGACCCCAGCUGCUGACGCGCAGAGCGACCUGAGGGACAUCGACAGUGAGGAGGAGAGCACAGACACCGAGGAGACGAUGAAAAACCACACGUCAGACCCGGAGGGCAGCCAGUAAACGGACUGGGACACCACAGCCUUCCCCAGGUUGGCUAGCAUUUCCUUUCCUGUGUUUGUAUUUCUUUCAAGGCCGCCAGCUGGUGCCACCCAUGACAUGAGUGUACCUGGUCUCAGCGCUAGUGCAACAAAGCCGUGUCCCACGCCACCUGAACUAGCGCCUCAUCAUUUCCACCAGCACGAGACCCCCACCUUGCUGAGGGAAAUCUCUGUGUUACGAUUGUUCCUUUUAGCAGUGGAGGAAAAAAAUGUAGGGGAAGGGCAGGUAGAAAGCCCCUGAGGAGCUAGACUGUCUGGACCCUGGUGGUGUAUUUAAGAACCAUGUAGAAAUCCCGGCAGCCCUCGCUUUGUCCGCAAACUGCACUGUUGGAACAAGAGGGUUUGUUGUUCUGUUGGCUCCCAGGCCAUGCCAUUGCUGUACGCAGCCAUGGACCACGCAAAGGACUGCUGUCUCCCACUGCAAGGCUUCCCGCUCCCAGACCCACGGUACCCCUCUCCUACUGAGAGGACUUGCUGUCUAGCUAAGGCCAUGUGCAGCAUGGGUGCAGGACGGAGCUCCUGUCAUCCGUUUUUCCUGUGUGCCUCAUUGUGGAUUCUUGCCCCGCUUCUGGGCCUUGAUUGGUUGAGAGACGCAUGGCGCGACAGGAAAAACACCACAGUUUUGGCCACUCUGCUUGAAUGCUGGCUUCAUCCGGCACCGAACAGGGACCUCCUGGGGACCCUUCCCAUCGCCUCUCUGCAUGCCCCACGUCCCUGAGCCCUCAGUGAACCUUGCAAUGAAGCAUGCCUAGAAAGAGCCAAAAAUGCCAUCCGCUAACGGGCACAGCAGGCCCAAGUCAACAUUUAAGGCCCCAUGUUCUCUGCACCAUGUCGUUCAGAGCAGGAUUUCCAUGCCUUGAGCGGGAUGGUCAGUUUCUGGCAGUACUGAAGAGCAAGCAGGGAAGCAGCAGGCAUUUAUUCCUGCCUCAGUCAGUGCCUAGCACAGGCUGCAGGGUGCUGACCUGCAGAGGAGCUUUUCAGACAAAACGCUCCAGGACUAGACUUGCUGCGACCUUGUGGUGCUCAUGGAAAUCUCACAGAUGCAGAGCUCUGAUGGGACAGAAUUAGAUGGUCAGCUACAGCUCAUACCCUGGGGUCCAUCCACAUCCCCAGCGUUCAGCCCCCCAGCCAAGGCUGCAGCAUCUGUCAGAAUUGCUGCUCACUCUGCAGAAGCAUAGCUGUUAACCAAGGGGGAUCCCUUCCCAGCAGGGCUGCUAGAGUAACAGACGUUCCCCCUUCUGUGGAGUCACUAGGAAGCCACAGAGAGAGAAAUAUCAUUUCUAUGUGCCGGCCUUUUAGAGGCAGGCAGAGACAGACUCUCUGGCCUGGAGAUUUUACAUCUAAACCUCAAGGUUAGAGGACAGCACUGGGAGGCAGGUUUGAGCUCUACUCCCAGCUCUGACACUGGCCUGCUAGAUAACCUUGGCCAAGUCACUUCCGCCUCAGUUUCCCCAUCUGCGAAAGAGGGACAAUAUACAAACCACUGCACAGGUUCAUUGGGAGACUUCAUCUGUUGACCUGUACAUGAAAUAUUUGGACCUGGCCUUCAGCAGGAGAAAGGUGUAUUAACCUACGUAACAAUCCUAAUGUAAACACGGCAGUUGUUUUUAACCUGUCUUAUUAGGAGGGGUAUUUGUUUUAUAAGAGCAGCCAGGUGCUCUAGCUCCAGGACACCAAUGUGCGAAGUGCUGUACAAACAUAGAACAUAAAGAUGACCCGUGCCCCACAGAGCUCACCAGCCACGAGCUGGAGCCAGGCAAACGGGGGGCACAUGGAACCCAUGAGACCACACUGGUCAGCAGGACAGGCAGAGGGCUCAGCACUCCAGCAGCCUCAUUGAUUUUUGUCGGCAUUGCAGUAAAGGAAAGUUUUAAGGAAGGUUUGGAAGGUGGAUAAGGAGGCAGCUCCAGGGAUGCUUACGGGGCACACCUACCAAGUGGGAGAGGCAGCCUGGGGAAGCACAAAGGGGCUUGUUUGAAGAUGUAACAAGUGGGUGAUGGAGAGUAGCCUCAUGGUCUAGUCAGAGGCAGGAGCCAGCAUCUCAAUAGUGAACAAGAGAUGGUAGAUUGGGUGGGGACAGGAUGUGAAGAGCCCCACAAGUUAACACAAAGACUUCCAUUUGAUGCGAUAGAAAGGGAGGCUGGCCAUAGCAAACAUGAGGGGGAAGCCAGCAGUUCACAUUGGCCCGCUACAACUUGCCUUGUCUACACUCGGAUUUUAACACAGGUUAAAAAUACAGCUUGAUUCCUCGUGAAGCCACAGCCUUUGAGACCCACAAAUGGAAAGGGCUUCAAGCACUAGGUACAGCUUUACCACGUGGAUGCUGGUAACAGCCCAGGUCCUGCUUGCCCAGGCAGUGUGGCUGAGAAACCGCCAUCAAGCCAGUGCUCCUCUGUGGCUGUACAGAGCACCCCUAAAAAGCUGUAGCUGUUUGCAAACUGGAUAGCUGUGAUUUUCCGCUGGCUCAGAAAAGGUUUUUCCUUUAGUCUCACAUGGCUUCUAUAUACCAUGCUAUGUGAUAUGGUUCAUAGUCACUUACCAGGAAUUCCAUGAGCAGCUUUACCAGAAAUAAAAAAGGAGUGUGAUUAUUUUCCCAGCAGGCUAAUUCCUGCUAUGUGAACAAUGAUAUGCCCGUGCUUUGGGUUGUUUCACCUUCAUCCAAAGAACCUGCAUUCUUCCUCUGUCCUCAUACUACUGUGUUUUGGAACAAUUGUAGCUCAUUUCCAUGUCCCUCAUUUCUAGGUAGUCUCUCUCACGCUGGUAGGAAAUUGUGUCUGUAUUUCUAAUUUGCUCUGGAAAAAGAGUGUAUUUGUGUUGGAAGGAAAAAUAAUAAAUUUGUAUUUCUUUUCUCCGGUUA